AUUGAUAUCCCUCACGAGAUACGAGAUGAGCUCGGAAAGGAAACGGAUCAUCGUCAUUGGUAUCUCUGGUGCUAGCUGCUCUGGCAAGACUCUUCUGGCCAAGACAUUGAAGUCAAUCCUCCCUAGGGCGACCAUCAUACAUCAAGACGAUUUCGCUCCAGCUCCUGAGGAUCUUCCACUAGUCGAUAGGCUUCAAGAUUGGGACGAUCCACCGACCUGCAUCAUCUGGGACCAAUUUCGUAGCACGCUCAAAGACAUUCGCUCAGGCAAAUCGCCCUCGCAUGAGAGCAACGACCAUCUGAAUGUCUUGGAUGCUCCUGAGCUGGAUACGGCCACGAUCGGGAAAUGGAAAAAGGCUUUCUCAGAUUUAGAGACGGAAGAACGGGCGCAUGGCGUGCAGCUCGAGUGGUAUCUUGUGGAGGGUUUCAUUUUAUAUUGGGAUCAAGCUGUCACCAAUGCGCUGGACAUUCGACUAUUCCUUCGCGUUCCUCAUGAGACGCUGAAGCGCCGAAGAGAGGGGCGUUCAGUCUAUGUCAUACAAAGCGCCUCGGCAGCUGGAGAUGUCUGGACGGAUCCACCAGGAUACUUUGACAAGAUUGUCUAUCCUGCCUACGUCAAAGGGCAUCGGCAUAUGUUUGAAGACGGAGAUGUGGAGCAGGGAGAUGUGUCAGAAGAGUGGAGAAAUAGCCAACAUCCAGUCAAAAUGCUCGUGCCGGGAGAGGGCCCAGAGGAAGUCAUGAGGGUUGUCGAGGAUAGCUGCAGGUAUCUAGUCGAUCAGGUCAAGGCUGGCGCGGGAGUCGCAUUAUGAUGCAUCAA